UGCUGAGAUCUGAGAAUACGGAAUACGACCGACUGGGAAUUGUCCGCUGCUGCUGCCUGUAACUCCCUGCAACUCCCUGCAACUUCCUGACGUUCCCAUCCCCUGUACUCACAUCUCCAGCCUCAUCUACUGGGUUCUCCAGAGAUGGAAACAAGGAGGUUAGAGGGGAAAUGGGAGAAUGAAGAGCCGGACACUGAGGAUCCUCUGGACACAAUAAAGAGGGAAAUGGAUCCCGUUCCUGGGGCCGGUUCCCCAGAGGCACAAGCAGAAAUGUUACAGAUAAAGACAGAGAAAGAAGAACUGGACUGUGGAGAUGAUCAGAACCCAAAGGAAAGCUCAGCAGUUCCACUUACUAAUGGGGCUUCCCCAUUGGCUGAAUCAGAAAUAUUACAGAUAAAGAUAAAGGAGGAAGAACCAGACUAUGAAUAUUACCUGCCCACAAUAAAGAGGGAAAUGGAUUCUGUUCUUGGAGCCGUUGAUUGUUCCGUGGACUAUAGAGUGAAAUUAGAAAUUUCCAGAUCACCGCAGAGCUCGCGACAAUCUUUCUGUUCUCUGGGUCCUGUCAAGUCAGAGAGAGAAGACAAUUCAGUAUUUAAAGGGCCAGUGACGCACAAAACUGAGAGUGAUUUGGGGGGUGAGGCUGAUAUAAAAUAUGAGGAGGGCUCAGCAAGGUCUGGAUUUAUCUGCUGUAAAUGUAGAAGCAGCUUCUCCUUGGAGAGAGAUCUCCUUACCCACGUCUGUGCCGACCCUACAAAGAACUUCAGUAACGUAGAGUCAGUACCUUGUGGUUCUACAGAGAAUGAGGAGGGUGCAAGGGUUAAACCCACUCAAGAUCUGCAGGUUCCCACUGGGAAGAAAACAAUUAUGUGUCCGGUAUGUGGGAUAUAUUUCCAUGGAAAGAGCCAACUCGAGUAUCACCGGAACAUUCACACGGGGGAACAGCCUUUCCAAUGCAGCGAGUGUGGGAGGAGCUUUGCUUUAAAGGGCCAGCUUCGGAAACAUAAUGCAGUUCACGCCCGAGACAGACAGUUCUCAUGUACAGAAUGCGGCAAAUGCUUCUCUCAUAAAAGCAACCUUAGGAGCCAUCACAAAAUCCACACCGGGGAGAGACCCUUUGCGUGUACGGAAUGCGGCAAAAGCUUCUCUCAGAAGAGCCACCUUCAAAGUCACCAGAGAAGCCACACGGGGGAGAAACCCCACGUCUGUACGGAAUGCGGCCGAUGCUUUUCUCUAAAGAGCAAUCUUGUGGCGCAUGAAAAGAAACACAAACACAUGAAGACCUUCGCGUGCAGCGAGUGUAAGAAAACCUUCUCCGACAUGAACGAACUUCACAUCCACCAGGCAGUUCAUACGGGCGAGAAAACCUUCAAAUGCAAAGUAUGUGGCAAAUGCUUUUCUCACAAGGGCAAUCUCCAGAAUCAUGAACUAAUCCACACUGGGGAGAAACCAUUCACUUGCACGGAAUGUGGCAAAAUCUUUUUCAACAUGGGCCGGCUUUGCGUCCACCAGGCGGUGCCGGCACAAGACAACGCUUUCAGGUGUAAAGUAUGCGGAAAGUUUUUUUCUCGCAAGAAUUGUCUGAGACACCAUAAAAGAAUUCACCGAGGGGAGAAACCAUUCACUUGCACGGAAUGCGGGAAAAGCUUUUCCGACAUGGGCAAACUCAGUGUCCACCAGACUAUUCAUGCUAGAAAGAAAGCGUUCCUAUGCAAAAUAUGUGGCAAGCGUUUCACGUGCAUGGAUUAUCUGACAAAGCAUGAAAUAACCCACACAGGGGCGAAACCAUUCACUUGUACGGAUUGUGGCAAAAGCUUUUCUCGCAAGGGUAAGCUCUGCGUCCACCAGGCAGUUCACGCAAGCGAGAAAGCCUUCAAAUGUAAAAUAUGCGGGAAAGGUUUUUCUCGCAAGGACUAUCUGAAGAACCAUGAAAGGAUUCACACAGGGGAGAAACCAUUCACUUGCACGGAAUGUGGGAAGAGCUUCUCCGACAAGACCAAUCUUUACAACCACCAGAAAGUUCACACCGGACAGAAAAGCUUCAGUUGCACAGAAUGUGGGAGGAGUUUUCUUCGUAAAGACACCCUGAUCAAUCACCAGAAGGUUCACACCGGGGAGAAACCCUAUACCUGCACGGAAUGCGGCAAAAGUGUAAGCAGCCAGUCCAGCCUCAUCCGGCACCAGAGGAUUCACACGGGAAGUAAACCUUACAAUUGUGCACAAUGUGGGAGGAGCUUUGCUGGACAAGGUGAACUUCGUCGGCACCAGAAAGUUCAUAUUCGGGAAAAAUCACUUCAGGAACAAAGUUUGGGCAAAGGUUUUGUCAAUAAUACCGUCUUUACAGUCGCCACCGGGUUUAACAAAGAAGAACAGCCUUUUGCCUGUGUUGAAGGAUAAAUGCGGAAUUUACUGUAUAAUAUAGAAAUCCUGCAUCUAGAACAUCUGGUGCAUAUUUUGGCGUUUCCCGCAUUCACUUAAAUGGGACAGACCUGGACACUGCCGCUUUUCAGAGAAUUAGAAAAUAUAGAGUAUGGGAAGUGUGUUUGCUAAAAGCUGUUUAUAUUUCACAAUCGGAUAUGAAAUCGAUUGAAUAUUCCGGUUCUGUUGAGACUCAUGGGGUUUGGUGAUUCCCCGGGUUCCUCCCGUAGCCGGUGUCUCGCCAGAUAAUAUGUAGCAAUGGCUCUACAGCCUUCAAUCUUCUCCUCUCCUACUUGUUGUCGGCAAUAAUGGAAAGAAUACUUUUUUUAAUUCAGAAGAAAGCAAACAAGCCUUCAUCAGAAAAUUAAAGGGGAAGUAUAGUGAGUUUUAACAUCCUCCUCAUCAUGUAGGAAAUGAUACAUUAUAUAAGGCUCCUGGUUUUGAUCUUGUAUUUAUCUAACGCAAUACAUUGAUUGGAGCUCCCAGUAGAUUCUCACUGAUCUACGUCUGGUACAAGUGAGCGGCCUCCAGCGGUACUGCCCAGAAUCACAGCGGCCAAUCAUAACUGUGCCUUGAGAGAGGGAAAAAUGAACAGCGGUUCCCUGUCAGGUCCACUGCGCUGCUCCUAUGAUGGGAAUGGGUUAAAAUCCGGUAAUGUAACGUUCUGAGAUGGGUGGGAGGAGCCAGCAACGUUUGUGGGAAAAUUGAAUUUAGAAAAAGCGCAUUCAACAAAAACUGUUCUCUAUUCAGACUCAAGCCAAAUUAGCCUAGCGACAUUUUUCACCGCUAUUUUCAUUAUGGAGGAGACUUUUCAGUGGAAAAAAAUGUCUGUAAAAACAUUGUGGGUGUGACUUAUGCUCAGAAAAGGUCGUACGUUUUUUAAUAAAAUUGUUGGUAGAAGCGAAAAGCCACAAGGAGGUUUCUCCAUUUUUGUGCAGGUGGAGGUUGGUAUUUUGUGCUUGAGCCGAGUAGAUGCUCGUCAAUUUCUCAGAUAACUUUAUGGCCAUUAUUGUGAGUUUGUAGCAGCUUUUCUGUAAGAUCUGGUGUAGGUGACUUCUUUAGUGUAUUAACAUGUCAGCAGUUUGGAGAGAGUUGAAGAAUUCUGCCUAAUCAGUGUUUGGUGGAAAGUUCCGUAAAGGUGAUCAGAGGAGGAUAAGGGGAAUAUAAAAGUAGUAUAAAGAGUAUAGGAGUAGUAGUAGGUGUAUAAGAGUAGUAUUAGAGUAUAAGAGAAGUAUAAGGAGUGUAAGAGUAGUAUUAGAGGAGUAUAAGAGUAGUAUAAAAGUUGUAUAAAGAGUAUAGGAGUAGUAUUAGAGUACAAGAGAAGUAUAAAAGUAGUAUAAGAGGAGUAUAAGAAGUGUAAGAGUAGUAUUAGAGGAGUAUAAGAGUAGUAUAAAGAGUAUAAGUAGUAUUAGAGUAUAAGAGAAGUAUUAAAGGAGUGUAAAAGUAGUUUAAAGGACCAGUAACAUCAAAUUUUUUUUAAAAAAAAUUCGUUAGUACACA